AUGUCAACGGAAAAAAUCCCUAACAAGAUUACCCUCAUCAGCAAUGACGGGGCCGUAAUCACCGUCGAUAGCCAGGUUGCUAUGAAGAGUGUUUUAAUCAAAAACAUGAUUGAAGAUCUCGGUGACGCCGUAGCGGAAAGUGACGUGCCUAUUCCAAAUGUCAAUGAAUCGGUCCUUCGAAAGGUGAUAGAGUGGUGUGAACAUCACAAACAUGACCCUGCACCUGCCGCAGACGACGAUAGUGACUCUCGAAAGAGGACCACUGACAUCGAAGAAUGGGACCAAAAGUUCAUGCAGGUCGACCAGGAGAUGCUUUUCGAAAUAAUACUGGCUUCCAACUAUCUAGACAUCAAACCGCUCCUCGAUGUUGGAUGUAAAACUGUCGCCAAUAUGAUAAAAGGCAAGUCACCGGAGGAAAUUAGGAAGACGUUUAAUAUAACCAACGAUUUCACACCUGAGGAAGAAGAGCAGAUUCGUAGAGAAAAUGAGUGGGCAGAGGAUCGUUAA